GAGACCUUCGACGAGGCCAGCAACUCCAAUGUCCUGAGCGUUCUCACUGCUGGCUUCGGUGUUGGUGCAGUGCUGGGAUGGUUGAACUCUAGAAAGCAGCAGCUGGUCUCCACUGCAGCAGCAGCGGCCGUGGCCGUCGCACCUGGCGCAGCUCAGGCCAUGGUGGACUACGAUGGCAUCAAGUACCUGGGUGGCACUGACAAGGUUGACAUCAACAACGCCAACAUCCAGGCCUACCGCCAAUUUCCUGGCAUGUUCCCCACCAUUGCCGGCUUGAUCGGCACGCACGGCCCCUACAGUCAGGUGUCCGACAUUUACAACAUUCCGGGAAUGGAUGACAAGCUGAAGAACAUCGCCAAGAAGUACGAGGGAAACCUGGUCUGCCUGCCAGCCAGCCCUGCCUACUUCAUCGACCGCAUCAACAACGGACUGUACCGUUAA